GCUCCCCUCUCCUCCGCCUUAUCCUCCUCUCACUAGCUCACCACCAGCUAGUCUCCGUCCAUGUACACUCGUGUAGCACCAGACUAGUAGCGGUUUCUUUCUCCAGCUUCUCUCUCGGAGCACCAGAAGGAAUCCAUUUAAUCCGUCCAUCUCUCUCCUCAAGCCCUACAAAGUACACCAUCCUCUUCCGGCGGCCGCCUUCCUCCCCCUCCUCUCCCCUGGCCUCCUCCUAGCUAGGGUCAUCAGCUCCCACCCCUGAAAUCACAGAUGAACCACACCAAAAGUCCAUAAAAUAGUGCUUGUGAUCUCCCACACGCACACACAAACACAAGCUCGCCACCCUCCUCCCAUCCAUCUAUCAGCCAUCUUCUCUCUCAUCAUAUCAUAUGAGCAAGGAUUCUUUCCAACCUACAAUCUUCUUUCCCUGAUAGCUAGCCAGCUCUUUCUUGGACUCUCUCUUCUCUCCCUACCACCACACCUAACCUUCUCGAGCUUGACCCACAGCAAGGGGGGAGAGGCUGCUGGAGACAUCAAAUCCGUUCCGCUUUCUUCCAAACCACUAACCACUCCAUUUACCCCGCUAAAAACCAUACACGCCAAGAUAUAUACUUGUGUCUGUGUAUAUAUACCAUGGCCUAAUUCACCAUGGACGUCGCCGGUGAUGGCGGAGGCGGCCGCCGCCCCAACUUCCCUCUGCAGCUCCUCGAGAAGAAGGAGGAGCAGCCGUGCUCCAGCUCGGCUGCCGUGGGCGGCAACGCCGGGAAUGGAUCGGGGGCCACCGGAGGCGAGGUGCAGGUGCGCAAGGCGGCGCCCAAGCGCAGCUCGACCAAGGACCGGCACACCAAGGUGGAAGGUAGAGGGCGUCGCAUUCGGAUGCCGGCUCUGUGCGCGGCGCGGGUGUUCCAGCUGACGCGGGAGCUGGGCCACAAGACGGACGGCGAGACCAUCGAGUGGCUGCUGCAGCAGGCCGAGCCGGCGGUGAUCGCGGCCACCGGCACCGGCACCAUCCCGGCCAACUUCACCUCCCUCAACAUCUCCCUCCGCUCCUCGGGCUCGUCCUUCUCCGCCCCGGCUCACCUCCGCACGGCCUUGCCUAGCCCCGCCACCGCCGCCCGGUUCGGCCGCGCUGACGCGUGGGACCGGGUUGUCGGCCUGGGCUUCCCUUCGGAGGGCCCGGCCUCGUCGUCAUCGUCGCCGUCCCCGUUGUUGCUCAACUUCCACUCGGGCAGCGUCGGCCUUGACGUGCAGCCGUCGCCGUCUGCCGCCGCCGCAGCCGCCGACAUCUCAAGGAAGAGGCGGUGGGAACAAGAAAUGCAGCAGGCCCAGCAGCAGCAGCAGCAGGCGCAGCAAUAUCAGCAGCAGAUGGCGGGGUACACGCAGAGCCAAAUGCCGGGAACCGUGUGGAUGGUACCGAGCAGCAACAACACGCCGGGUGGGGCGCCUUCCGGCGGCGGCGGCGGCGUCGGUGGAGGAGGCGGCGGCGAGUCCAUCUGGACGUUCCCGCAGAUGGGCAGCGCCACGGCCGCGGCCGCCGUGUACCGGGGGAGCGUGCCGAGCGGGCUACAUUUCAUGAACUUCUCUGCACCGGUGGCGCUGCUUCCCGGGCAGCAGCUGGGGCUCGGCACCGUGGGGAGCGGCGGUGGAGGCGGUGGCGAGGGCCACAUGGGGAUCCUCGCCGCCCUCAAUGCGUACCGGACACAGGCCGCGACGGAUCCCGCGGCAGGCCAGGGCGGCGGAGCAAGUACCGGAGGAGGAGGGUCCGGCCAGCAGCAACACGGUGGCGGCCGCGGCGGCGAGCGGCAUGAGAGCAUGAGCACCAGCGACUCGUAGCCGACGGGGGUCUCCGAGGAUCGCAUACAUCGCACAGCUGGUGUGGCUUUGAUCUGUUCUUUGUCUUGGUUUCAAUUUUUUUUUCCUUUCUUUUUUGUGGUUUCCUUCGUCCUCCUCCUCCUAGCUAGACACCCCCUGCGAGGAUUACGCUCAGCUCCAUUCCAUGGCAUGCGAUAGGAUCAGCCACGAUCCUAACGCGGGCUGUGCUUGUGACCUGUGUGAGUGAGAGAGCGGGGUGUGCCAUGGGAGAGGGAAGAGGAGGGAAACGCAGCAGCAGCAGCAGCAGAGAUUGUUCAUUUUGUUCUUUAGUUUUAGGGUUUGCAUUGAUCAAGUGCGAGCAGAAGAGAUUUUUAUCGAGCAUGGCACCAUUCAUCCGCCGUGAUGGUUCAUUCUUUUUCCCCAUCCAAACAAGCAGUGCUAGUUGCUAGUUCUUCUUCCA